AUGUCUUCCCAAUCUGCUUUGAGAGCCAACAGAGACGCCUCUUCUCCUGCCACUGCUGCCCUCUUGGGCUUCCUCCACAAGUUUGCCACGGCAGAUGAGGACUACUUAGACGUGGUUCACAAUACGCCGGGAAAGUCUCUGUGGAAGAUUGGCCAGUCACACCUGAGAGAAGGCACCCGCUUCUGUGAUGGCGGCGAUGAUUCAGGCGUUCCAGAUGAGAGCGCCCAAGACGAAGCAGCCUUGACAGAAUUAAUCAGAGGCCCUGGCUUGCAGGCUGUGCCUCCGGGUACUACUGUCACUGUUAUCGGUGCGGGCAUGUCGGGCCUCGUGGCAGCCUAUGAGCUCAAGAGAGCCAAAUUCGAUGUCACUAUUCUCGAGGCGUCAUCUCGAGUGGGUGGUCGUGUCAUUACCUUCCGAGAUCCCGUUUUCGCCCCCGGCUUACACGCUGAGGGUGGUGCGAUGAGAAUCCCCAAGAACCACUACCUCCUGCACGAGUACAUCAACAGGUUCAACAUUGAUAGUCUCUUCGACUUUGAAAUGAAGAACAAAUUCAUCUACCUCUCGAACUACCGCGGAGGCACUACACUGACGUACGACGACUUCAACGCAAAGCUAGUGAACCGUGAUCGUGAGCUGCUUGAACUCUUCCCCGGCCUCAAGCCUCGCGAAAAGGGCAAGACGUGCGACGAUCUCUUCUUCGAGGCCGUCGAGCCCGUCGUUUCUCUCUUCAAAUUGGCGUACAAUGCGCAGUCGGGAGACAAGUCAGCCAAGAUUCGCGCAGGAUACCAGCAGGUCACCGAAGUCUACGACAGGUACACCUUCAGGGGUUACCUUGAGGAGGUGGCAAACUGGAGCUCCGACGCCAUCAAUCUAUACGAUCUUGGCAAUGCCCACGUCGUCUUUGAGAACGGCUUCAUCGAAUCCUGGAAGGACGCCUUUCUUUCGAGCAACACGUCCGGCGGAGAAGCCGGGAUGCAGCAGUUGCAGCACGGGAUGGACCAGGUCCCAAAAGCCUUCAUCUCUUCCGAGAGGAAGCAGUACUCUCUUGACGAGAACAUCACCUACAGUGCCCGUGUGACGAAUCUGGCCGACAUUCCUCCUUCUGGCGAUAGACCUGCCCAGGUUCGUGUCGAUUACGAGACCCAGGCGGGCAACAAAUUGAGCGUCACUUCGGACUUUGUCGUCCUUACGGUGCCCUAUACUGCCCAGCGUGCCAUUGCCAAGACUCGCCCCUUUGCACCGAUCCUAGAGCAAGCAAUGCGGGAUGUUCGAUACAUUCAAAUCACCAAAAUCCUCCUCCAGUACCGGAAGCGUUGGUGGGAAGACGUCUUCAACUCGCACGGCCAGGGAAGCGACGGGGGCCUUAUCAGUGACCUACCUAUCCGCUACACCAUGUUUCCCAUGACCAAAGACAACUCGCAGUGCCACAAUACCAACAGAGGCGCCGUCAUGGCCGCUUAUACCUUCCAGCAGGACGCUACGAUCCUCGGUUCCAUGACACCCGAGCACAGGGUCCGCAUCGCGGCUGAGAAUCUGGAUCACAUCUUCCCCAGAGCCAAUUCGCUCCAGUACCUGGAGGCGGGCACUUCGCAGGCGUUCCCGUCAGACGAGCUUGCGGGAGGAAGCGCGUUCUGCUACUUUGGACCAGGCCAGAAGAGCCAGUACCUCGACGUAAUGAAGGCUCCAGAUUGGGCGUAUCCCGAGAACUCGACAAACUACCGCGUCUUCUUUGGGGGAGAACAUGCCAGCUACACCCACGGGUGGAUUCACGGAGCCAUUGAGGCAGGACUGAGAUGUGCGCAGCAGGCUCAUGCCGUUGCCACCAGCCGGCCUGCUCAUAAGAGGCUCAUUUUGAGUGAGAAGAACUAG